CAAAAAAAUAAACAAGCAAGUAAAAGCCACUGACAAUGCUUCGAGUAUCCGGAUAAACACAAUCACAAUUGACUAUAGUGUCACGGGGAAACAACAUCUUUAUAAUGGUACACAUUCGGACGAUUUUGACGUUAUCCAUUGCGAUUUUGGCCAUCGACAAUGUGCUAAUAGAAGCUGGAAAAGCAACGGAAGACCGGAAACAAAAUUUGUCAAAUCGUGCUUCGAAACAUGCGGACACAUUAAGACCAUUCGGAAAUAAGUUAAAAAUGAAAUUCGGUAGUCAAAUGAGCCAACAGGUCGUUGGGCAAUUGACCGAUAUAAGUAAUGUCAUUAUCGACCAUAUUAUGAAACAUGAAUCAUUUCCAAAGUAUUUGAAAAAUGUAUUUUCGGUAUUACGAAAAUAUGCAGUGAGACAAAUUAUGUCAAGAUUUAAAAAACUUGAAAAAACUUAUAAAAAAUGGGAAAAACAAAACUUUCCGGACAAACAACAGAAAGCUAAUGCUUUAGAAAUACUAUACAAACAAGAAGGAAGAACCAUUGAGUCAGAAAAAAUAAGUGCAAAAAAAUCUAAAAAAAAAGAUAAGAAAUCUGGAGUUAAAUACGGUGUUAAAUGAAAAUAUACGAUAUAGGCACCUAUACCAAAUUAUUUAUAACUGAGCUAAUAAUUGUAUAUAUUUAUAUAUUUAUUAUUCAAAUUAAGAUGAAAACUAUUAAAAAUCAAUCACAUAU